AUGUGGUACCUACACUGCGUGGAAGAUUCCACCUUGCACCUUCCAUCUUCAUGCCUUCCAAUUAAGGUCAAGACCAGCCAGGGCGAUGACUUUGCCCAUGUACCGAGCGAGACAGGUGGCAAAAAACCUACAAAACGUCGCGGCGUCGCUCUCUGUGGACUUAACUGGGCACAUCAUGCGCAUACGACGGCCGAUGUGGAAGUAUGCGGUUGGGGAAUAUACGACAAACUACUAAGCGCGCGCAGACGGAGAGCACGCAAAGGGAACAACAACUAG